CUGAGGUGGAUCGGCUGUCUGUUAGCAGUUAGCCAACUAGCCGUCUGGCCUCGCAGCCAUUUCCAGCAGCUCUGUAUGUUUUGUUGGUUGCUGUUAGCAGCAAGAUGGCGGCUCCCAUCCCGGCGCACAGAUUUCCUGCUCUGCAUAUUUAACAGCAGCUUUUAGCCCCCACAGUGUCCCCUCACACUGAUACAUGGAGUAGCCGUGCUUUGCAGUCAUCCGCAGCUGGAUAUGCAUUUUUGUUCCUGCUAGUUUCUGGUUGCUGUUGUAGCCUGAGCAGCUACCGGCGGCUUCCUACCGACUCUGCACAGCGUUCACCGGGCCAAAAUGGCGGACUGUCAACUCCUAUGUCUAGGCUAGCAAACAUCAUAUCGAUCCCUAACUAACAUAGACUGUAUCAGCAGAGGAGGAUGUUUAUUCACGUAGUUAAAUAAGAGUUACUGAAUCUGUUGUUGAUCUCUCCUCGCAGAGAACUAACAAGGCCAGCUAGCAGCACAGCUUCUGUUAAGUUAGCCAGCUAGUUAGCAGCUAAUGAUAAUCCCGAGCUAUUAGCGGGCCAGAGACGAUUUUAAAUCUUUUUACACAAUUCGUGGCUGAAUUUAGAUUUUUCUCAUUCGCCGAGGACCGGGAACCGUCAACCCUGACACCAGCAUCAUGGCAUCCGAAUCGCCGAGCCCCGCGGUGCUGCAACCUCGCUGGAAGCGCGUCGUGGGCUGGACUGGGCCGGUGCCGCGGCCCCGGCACGGACACCGAGCCGUGACGAUCAAGGAGCUAAUGGUGGUGUUCGGCGGAGGGAACGAGGGGAUCGUGGACGAGCUGCACGUCUACAAUACAGCGACCAAUCAGUGGUUUAUCCCUGCAGUGCGAGGCGACGUCCCCCCUGGCUGCGCCGCCUACGGCUUUGUGUGUGACGGGACGAGGCUGCUGGUCUUUGGCGGGAUGGUGGAGUACGGCAAAUACAGCAGUGACCUGUACGAGUUGCAGGCGAGUCGUUGGGAGUGGAAACGUCUGAAGGCCAAGGCUCCAAAGAAUGGCCCGCCCCCCUGCCCCCGCCUUGGACACAGCUUCUCUCUGAUUGGUAAUUCCUGCUAUCUGUUUGGAGGACUGGCCAAUGACAGUGAAGACCCCAAGAACAACAUCCCCAGGUAUCUGAACGACCUGUACUGUCUGUCGCUGCGGCCCGGCUCCAGCGUGGUCGGCUGGGAGAUCCCGCUGACAUCGGGUCAACCGCCACCUCCCAGAGAGAGUCACACGGCUGUGGCGACGAGCGGCCGCAGAGCCAACAGACUCAUCAUCUACGGAGGGAUGAGCGGCUGCAGGCUUGGAGACUUGUGGGUGCUUGACAUAGACUCUCUGACUUGGAGUAAACCUGUCCUCAAUGGAACUGCCCCCCUCCCCCGCAGCCUGCACUCUGCCACCACCAUCAACAAUAAGAUGUAUGUGUUUGGAGGCUGGGUUCCUCUGGUGAUGGAUGAUGUCAAAGUGGCAACUCAUGAGAAGGAGUGGAAGUGCACCAACACACUGGCCUGCCUCAACCUGGACACGAUGUGUUGGGAGACGGUCCUGAUGGACGGUCUGGAGGAGAACGUCCCCAGAGCUCGAGCAGGUCACUGCAGCGUCGCCAUCAACUCCAGACUUUACAUCUGGAGUGGCAGAGACGGAUACAGGAAAGCCUGGAACAACCAGGUGUGCUGCAAGGACCUGUGGUACCUGGAGACAGAGCGUCCCUGCGCUCCCUCUCGGGUGCAGCUGGUCAGGGCCAACACGUCGUCUCUGGAGGUGAGCUGGGGACCGUCGCAGACCGCCGACACCUACUUGCUCCAGCUGCAGAAGUACGACAUUCCCAGCACGCCUGCAGCAGCCUCUCCUGCCUUUAUGUCCAACCCCAUCCCCACCGUCACACCUGGAGUCAGCUCUGUCAAGAACCCCGUCGCCAUGACGCGAGCAAACCAAGCUCUCCCACUGUCCGGCAUCACGCUGGUCCCCUGCCCCACUGCCUCCCUACCACUGGGAAGUCCAUUGGCUGCUGGGACUAAAGCACCAGCUGCCCUGAAGGUGGCAGCAGCUCCAAGUACAGCAGGUGGAGCCUCCAUCACAGUGAGACAGGCCACGCCCAAAUCACCAGUCGCUGUGACAACACUUCCUGCAGGUGUUCGCAAGGUCGUACCUGUUCAGGCCGGUCAGGGGACGCCAAUAGGAAGCAGUCCUCAGAUGAGCGGUAUGGCGGCGUUGGCGGCGGCGGCUGCAGCAACUCAGAAGAUAACUCCGUCCUCAGCGACGAUGCUGAACGUCCCGGCAGGAGCAACAAUUGUGAAGACGGUGGCUGUGAGUUCAGGAUCGAGCAGUCUGCCGGUCACAGUGGCUGCUCCACUGACGAUGGUGAGUAACCCUGCCACGCGCAUGCUGAAGACUGCUGCAGCUCAGGUGGGUGCGGCUUCAGUUGUCUCCACCCCCGGCACCCCCAGCCGACCAAUCAUCACGGUCCAUAAGUCAGGCACGGUGACGGUCUCCCAGCAGGCUCAGGUGGUCACCACGGUGGUGGGCGGAGUUACAAAGACCAUCACUCUGGUCAACAGUCCACUCAGUGUGGGAGGAGGCAGAGCUCUGAUCGGUAACCUUGGUAACUUGGGGAAGGUGGUGUCAGUGGUUCAGACCAAACCAGUUCAGAGUGGAGCUAUUACUGUUCAGGCUGGGAGCAGCCCAGUCACCCAGAUCCUCCAGACGAAGGGCGCUCUCCCAGCAGGAACCAUCCUGAAGUUGGUGACAUCAGCAGACGGUAAACAGACGACACUCCUCAGCACCGUGCAGGCUGGAUCCACAUCCAACAAAUCCACCAUCCUGGGCGUUGCCCCGGCUACCUCCAAACCGGGGACCACCAUAAUCAAGACCAUCCCAGUGUCUGCACUGCAGGGGGGGGCAGGUGCCAACAGUCCAAUCACCCUCCUGACCACCAAAAUGGUCACAGCAGGAAGUGGCAGCAAAAUCAUCAGCACUGUCCCCAAAAUUGGUGCCGCUGGCCAGCAGGGCCUCACACAGGUGGUGCUGAAAGGAGUUCCAGGGAUGCCUGGCACCAUCCUCAGGACUGUCCCAAUGGGUGGAGUCAGACUGGUGUCACCUGUGGUCAACAAACCCACCGUCACCACACUGGUUGUCAAGGGAACAACAGGUGUGUCCACGCUCGGGACCGUAACAGGAAGUGCCUCCCUGGCCACGCCCAUCACCACCCUGGCAUCUAUCGCUAAUCUGUCCAGCCAGGUAUCCACAACAGCCGCAGCGGCAACAGGUCAUAAACAGGUGACUCUGAUCACGACUCCGAGUGGUGCCGAGGCUCAGCCGCUGGUCCAGGAUCUGCCCGUCACCAUCAUGGCUUCUCCUACUUCAGAGGAACCUGGAAGUACUGCUGCAGGGGAAGAGGCCGGAGACACUGCAGUUACUGCUACAGUGACACUGGUCUGCUCUAACCCGCCCUGUGAGACGCACGAAACCGGCACCACCAACACCGCCACCGUAGCCUCCGCUAACAUGAGCCAGGCUCUGCAGUCUCCACAUCCUGUCAGUCUGAACGGAGGGAACACCUGCUCUAACCCGCCGUGUGAGACCCAUGAGACAGGAACCACCAACACCAUGACCACAGCUGGAGCUGGAGGACUCCGACAGGUGUGCUCCAACCCACCGUGUGAGACUCACGAGACAGGAACCACCAACACUGCCACCACAGCUACAGCCCAGCAAGGUGGAGACAGUCUGCAGGGAGACUCCACAGACCCCUCCUCCACAUCUUCUGACCCUGCCUCCUCCACCACAGCCAGUCAGAGCAGAGCUGUUACCACAGUUACCCAGGCCACACCCACACCCGGACCAUCCAUACCUGAGAUCACAUCAUUGGUCGGAGAGAGCAGGGCGGAGUCCUCGGAGGUGGAAGCUGUUGCCAUGCUGAUGGCAGCAGAGAGGGAGGAGCCUAUGCAGACAGACAGCCAAUCAGAGAGUGUGAUGUCAUCAGCAGUGUCUGUAUUGCAGGUUCAGGUGGAGGGCAGUGAGGCAGCAGCACAGAUGGAGUCCUCAGACAGCGGACUUCCUCAGGAGCUGAUGUCAUCAGAAGGGGACAGGGGCGAAGUGGUUGCCGGGUCAACAGCCCUGAUGGUGACAGGACUGAACCCAGAUCAGCUGGCUAGCGCAACGGAGGAGGCAGUUCAGCAGGCGACAAUACAGGCAGUCCUACAGGCAGCAGGACACAUGGAUGGCUUGGUAGAUCAGUCCUUUCCCAUCGUCCUAACCCAGCAGGAGCUGGCAGCUUUGGUCCAGCAGCAGCACCUGCAGGAUGCCCACAACCAACCAGAACCAGCAGAACCAGAACCAGAACCACAGCACAGCAGUGUGCCCACAGAGGGCCUUGCUCCAGCAGACAGCCUGAAUGACCCGGCAGCAGAGAGUAAUGGACACGAGCUGACAUCAUCGGCAGUGACAAGCGCUGUGGCCCGAUUGGCCAGUACAUUUGGCCCCGGCCCUUCUCUGACAGCGAGCCCAGCUAAAAGUAAAACCACCGCCAUGCUCAGUGAGGGGACCAAUGGCAUCGCAGCAACUGCAGGGGGCGUCCAAGUGAAGCCGGCGGUGAGGGACAGUCAGUGGUACGACGUUGGAAUAGUCAAAGUGACCAACAUGGUGGUGUCACAUUAUUACGUCCCCUAUGAAGACAACAUGGCCGACGAUGACUCGGGUGUGAUGCCGGACUACAGUCAGAUGAGGAAGGUGGAGCUGCAGCCGGGGACUGCCUAUAAGUUUCGGGUGGCAGGGAUCAAUAUCUGUGGCCGUGGAAACUUCUCGGACGUGUCGGCAUUUAAAACGUGUCUUCCUGGUUUCCCUGGAGCGCCAUGUGCCAUCAAGAUCAGCAAGAACCAAGAUGGGGCUCAGCUCACUUGGGAGCCUCCUGCCGUCACAUCGGGGAAGAUCACCGAGUACUCCGUUUACCUGGCCAUCCAGUCCAGCCAGGCCACCUCUGGUUCAGGUUCUGGUCCGGCCCAGCUGGCUUUCAUGAGGGUCUACUGCGGUCCCAACCCAUCCUGCCUGGUCCAGGCCUGCAGCCUCACUAACGCCCACAUUGACUACACCACCAAGCCUGCCAUCAUCUUCCGCAUCGCUGCUCGCAAUCAGAAGGGUUACGGGCCGGCCACGCAGGUCCGGUGGCUACAAGAAAAAGAGUCGAGUAAGGCAGCUGUGAAGAGAGGCGGCGCUCCUCCUGAUGUUAAACCUGUUGGACCAAAGAAGUUCAAAACCCACCAAUAGGAGGAGCCAGCGUUCUGCUGAAGACUGUGAUUGGUGACUGUGGUCUUAAGUUCCACCCCACAGCUGAUGACCAUGUCAGGAGGAGGAGGAGGAGACGGAGCGCGCUCUCGCUCUCUCUCUCUCUCGCUCUCUCAUAUACAUCCGUCAGUGUCUCUCGCUCUCUCUGAGGUCAUGGUGUUGCCUGGAGGUGGAGCCUCUGCCAUGGAGGCGGGGUUUACCUGCUCUGUUGUAAAUAAUUUUCUUCCUGGAGCGUCAAAAUAUUAGUUUUUUCUUUUUUUAAGAACAUCUGUAAGAAAAUAAUCAUUUGUUCUUCUGUUGUUGAUGUUGUUGUUUGUGAAUAUUCUCUGGAACAAUAAAGAUUUUUAGAGCAUUUUUCUAC